AGAAAGAGAUGACUUGAUGGCUACACUUGUUUCACUGAGGCAAAACUGGAAAGAGAUGCAGCAGAGAGAAUCUAAUGCUCGUAAGCAAGUUGAACAUGCUGUGCAAGUGGCAGAAGAGGCCAAUUUAGAAAAAACAGAGGCUCUAGUCUACUGUGAGCAACUGAAAAGUGAGAUGGAACGGCAGAAGACUUGUCUUGAAAGGGAGUUAACUGCCCAGAUAAACAAGAGGGCUGAUGAAAAAGAAGCACUGCGGGAAGAAAUGAAGAAGGAAAGGGAGGACUUGGCAGCUAUGGUAACAACUUUGUCUGAGGAUGUGGCUGCUUUGGAGGCUCAAGUAGAGAGAAUUACAAGGGAGAAGAAGUCCCUAGUUAACCAGUUAGAAGAAUCACAACAUAAGCUUGCAUCUCAGGAAACAGAGAUGAAUAAGGUGUGUGGAGAAAUGCGCUAUCAGUUGAAUCAAACCAAAAUGAAGAAGGAUGAGGCAGAAAAGGAGCUCAGAGAGUACAGAACAAAAACUAUAAGGGAGCUUGAAAUUAAGGACCAGAAAAUAGAAAAACUGGGAUUAGAGCUGAAUGGAAACAAACAGCGUUUGGAACAAGCCCAGCAGGAUGUGACAGGAGCCAGAGAGGAGUGCCUAAAACUGACAGAACUGCUGAGUAAAUCUGAGCACCAACUGCACCUCACCAGAAUGGAGAAAGAGAGCAUUCAGCACAGCAUUAGCAAUGAAGCAAAGGCCCGAGCCCUUCAGGCCCAGCAAAGAGAGCAGGAGCUGACACAGAAGAUGCAGCAAAUGGAGGCCCAGCAUGAGAAAACUGAAGAUUAGAUAGAAGAACUGGAUUCAUUGCUGACCUCCCAGAAUACAUUCAUAGCAAAAAUAAAGGAAGAAUGUUGUAUGUUGGCAAGGAAGUUGGAACAAAUGUCAGAAAAAUACAG